UCUUGCAUGUUGCUGUGACUGCUGUAAAUGGUGGCCCAGGGACUAAAGGGGCAACUUGGAGAGAAGGGAGCCCCAGGAGAAGCUGGCAUGUCUAUCAUCGGUCCCCGUGGCCCUCCGGGACAGCCUGGAACAAGAGGUUUUCCCGGGUUUCCAGGCCCAAUUGGUUUAGAUGGCAAACCAGGGCAGCCUGGACCAAAGGGAGAAAUGGGCAUACCUGGUCCCAAAGGACAGCCAGGAUUUCCUGGACAAAAAGGAGAAAAGGGUCAAUGUGGAGAUUAUCCUCACAGGGAAUACCUAAGUACCACACUUGCAGCUCUGCGUUCUAAUCAAAUCCUUACAUUGAAGGGAGAACAAGGACAGGCAGGAAUCCAAGGGCCCCCAGGGCCUCCAGGCCUCCCAGGAACUCCAGGACAACCUGGCCCAACUGGUCCACCUGGGAAAGCAGGAGAACCAGGGAAACCAGGGAAGGAUGGAAAGGGCUUGCCAGGACUUCCUGGACCAAAGGGAGACCCUGGAGUUCAGGGAUACCAUGGAAGAAAGGGUGAGGUGGGUGAAGCUGGCUUACCUGGUGCCCCUGGCAUCCCUGGACCUACUGGCCCAAAGGGUGAAAAGGGCGAACCUGGUAUGAAGGGGGAAAGGGGGAUGCCAGGGCUACCAGGAAAACAAGGAAUUAAGGGAGUUCCUGGAAUUACAAUGACAGGGAUGAAGGGUGAACCAGGGAUUCCAGGAGCAAAGGGAGAACGUGGAAUUGCAGGGAAGACGGGCUCCCCAGGUUUCCCGGGGAAAAGGGGGCAAAGGGGUGAAAAAGGAACUCUUGGUGAUCCAGGACCUCCUGGAACCUUAGGACAAAAGGGAGAAAAAGGAGAUUGUGGCAAUUCACUUGGAGGAGGUAAAGGGGAACCUGGGCCACCAGGAUUACCUGGAUCUCCAGGACCAAAGGGUCCUAAAGGGGAACCGGGAAAGAAUGAAAUUGUGGAUUACAAUGGUAGUAUCAAUAAAGCGUUACAGGAAAUACAAAACUUGGCCCUCAUGGGACCUCCUGGAUUGCCAGGUGUGGCAGGUCCACCAGGACCACGUGGACAAAAGGGAGAAAUUGGCCUGCCAGGUCCUCCAGGACGUGAUGGUGAAAAGGGUCUUGAUGGUGCAACUGGAGUAAAAGGUGAUCAAGGGAUGCCAGGGCCCCCAGGACUAACAGGUCCCAUAGGACUUCCAGGUUUAACUGGAGAGAAGGGAGAACCUGGAGCGAAGGGAGACACUGGGGACUCAAUAACAGGGCCACCAGGGCCACAAGGACCACCGGGAACAUCGGGUCCUCAUGGCCUUCCAGGACCUAAGGGAGAUCCUGGCAUUGAUGGAACAAAAGGAGAAAAAGGUGCCCAUGGAGACAAAGGAGACCGAGGUCCCCUAGGAUUACCUGGUGCUUCAGGUUUAGACGGCAGGCCUGGCCCACCGGGCACUCCAGGUCCAAUUGGAGUUCCAGGACCAGCAGGACCAAAAGGAGAGAGGGGCAGUAAAGGAGACUCUGGAACUGCAGGGUUAAUGGGGCCAGCAGGACUUUCUGGGCUACCAGGCUCACCAGGAGAAAAAGGAAACCGGGGGGAAAGGGGCAAGAAAGGCUCUAGGGGGCCUAAAGGGGAUAAGGGAGACCAAGGAGCACCUGGAUUAGAUGCACCCUGUCCAUUGGGGGAAGAUGGUUUGCCAAUUCAGGGAUGCUGGAAUAAGUGAAGAUUUUAACCAUGGACUGUCCUGUGUGUAUGUGUGUUUGUACAUAGAAUAUUUAUUUUUAUACAGCGUCUUUGUCUGGAAGUGCCAAAAGAUUUGCAUUUCACAGUUUGAAAAGCUGCAUAUUUUGUACAGAAAAUACUAAAUUUUUCUUUUUAUACAAUUGACAAUUGCUUGUAUAAUUAUAUGUAUAUUGAUUCUGUGCUUCUUGCAUUGUGGAAUACAGCUGCAAUAUUUGCAUGAUAUUUAUGCACUCAUAGUUAUGUAUUACAGCAUAAUAAAUUAUUGCAUUGGAGGUUGCCAGAAGGAGCCAACCUAUGUAAAUACAAAGAGCAAAAUCAUUUAAUAGUGAAUGCAAGAACAACUAAAAUAUUGUGGAUUUUCAUUAUUAAAAUGAAAAUGUAAUUUUGAUGUUGUAAAUACAUCAUGCAUAUAAUGAUAUUAAAUGGGCAGAUAAAUAAUUUAGGAGAGAUAUCACAGGGGUUACCAAUACUUAAAUUAACUACCAGUAGAGGGCACCAGUGAUACAGUAACAAAAUACAGUAGCAAAAAUUAGCAAGAACAAAACAGGAACAUACAGAAAACUUCUAUCUUCUAGAAUUGGCCAAACUACUAGAUUAGGACCUACUUAAGGACCUCUGUGUUUAUCCCAAUGGGGGAAAUAGAAACCCCGAUAGGACUGUUUCAGAUUGGAAAAAUGGUGCAGAAGGAGGCCUACCCCGAAGGUUGCCAACAGGCCUAGAGAACAAAGUCCUGUCCCUUAAACAGGGACAUAAUGUGUGGUAAUGGACAGCUGAAUGUUUUCAUAUCAUACAGGUAAAUAACAUCACCUUAUACAUAGCAUCCCAUUAUGCCUUAUUAAAGGGACAGAAUAUUUUUCUUUAGGCAUUCAGUAACUUUACCUACCCCCUACACCACAAGCCCAGUCUCAGGGCCUCUGCACGUUUGAUCUGGUUUGAUCUUCUAAUGCAUAUCUGUACCAAGAUAAUUCUAAAUAGUUGUGCUUGAACAAUGGAAAAUGGAAUUCUCAAACAUUCAUGUCUGCCUUUUUAUCUGCCUUCUUUCAGUGCAUUGUUGUCCUCUAAGUAUUUCAUUCAAAAUGGCAUUAAAUGGUUUUGCUAUUGGAAGAGUGUUCAGCAUUUCCAUGCUAGCCCUUACAAGCAUAGCUCUUAAAUUAUUUGGCCUAAAUAUAUUUUCUCUAAUAAUUAGGAUUACCAGCUCUGGUUUGGGAAAUUCCUAGAGAUUUGGGGUGUGGAGCCUGGAAAAGACAGGGCUUGGGGAGGUGGUAGACCUCUGUGGGGCACAAUGCCAUAGAGUCUACCCACCAAAGCAGCCAUUUUCUCCAGAGAACUGAUCUCUAUAACCUGGAGAUCAGUUCUGAAUUCUGGAACAUCUCCAGGCCCUACUUGGA